GGGCGGGGCAGCGGCGCGGGGACCCCUGGCGUGCGCCGGCAGUCUCCACGUAGAAGGUGUCCCUGGGUGCUUGGUGGUCAUGGCUGUGCUGGCGGCUCUCCUGCGUGGCGGCGCCCGUGGGCGCGGCCCCCUGCUCCGGAGGCUGAUGCGGGAAAUAAAAUACAUGGAGCGAAGUUAUGUAUCAAAACCCACCUUGAAUGAAGUGGUCAUAGUCAGUGCCGCGAGAACGCCCAUUGGAUCCUUUCUAGGCAGCCUUUCCUCCCUGCCAGCCACUAGGCUUGGUUCCCUUGCAAUUCAGGGGGCCAUUGAAAAGGCAGGGAUUCCGAAAGAAGAAGUGAAGGAAGCAUACAUGGGGAACGUUCUACAAGGAGGUGAAGGUCAGGCCCCUGCGAGGCAAGCGGUCCUGGGCGCAGGCUUGCCUCUGUCUACUCCGUGCACGACUGUGAACAAAGUCUGUGCCUCGGGGAUGAAGGCCAUCAUGCUGGCCUCUCAGAGCCUCAUGUGUGGACAUCAGGACGUGGUGGUGGCAGGUGGGAUGGAGAGCAUGUCCAACGCUCCCUACGUAAUGAACAGAGGCGCUACACCGUACGGUGGCGUCAAGCUUGAAGACUUGAUUGUGAAGGAUGGGCUGACUGACGUCUACAAUAAAAUCCAUAUGGGGAACUGUGCCGAGAACACGGCUAAGAAGCUGCACAUCACGCGCGAGGAGCAGGACGCGUACGCCGUGGGCUCCUACGGCAGGAGUCAGGCGGCCUGGGACGCCGGGAGGUUUGCCGAGGAGGUCGUUCCUGUCACGAUUUCGGCGAAAGGCAAACCAGAUGUAGUGGUGAAAGAAGAUGAAGAAUAUAGACGUGUUGACUUUAGCAAAGUUCCAAAGCUGAAGACCGUUUUCCAGAAAGAAAAUGGCACAGUCACGGCGGCCAAUGCCAGCACGCUGAACGACGGCGCGGCCGCCGUGGUUCUGAUGACCUCGGAUGCCGCCAAGAGGCUCAGCGUUAAGCCGCUGGCAAGGAUAGCGGCGUUUGCUGAUGCUGCUGUGGACCCUAUUGAUUUUCCAGUCGCACCCGCAUACGCUGUACCUAAGGUUCUUAAAGAUGCAGGAUUGAAAAAAGAGGAUAUUACAAUGUGGGAAGUAAAUGAAGCCUUUAGUCUGGUGGUGCUAGCCAACAUGAAAAUGCUGGAGCUUGACCCCCAAAAAGUGAACAUCAAUGGAGGUGCCGUCUCUCUGGGACAUCCCAUCGGGAUGUCUGGAGCCCGGAUUGUCAUUCAUAUGGUUCACACCUUGAAGCCAGGGCAAUAUGGUCUUGCCAGUAUCUGCAACGGAGGAGGAGGGGCUUCUGCCAUGCUGGUCCAGAGGCUGUAGAACAUCUGCGUGUCCAGAGCAUCGACCUGAGGUGGCUCGAAGGGCCCGGCGCCACCAGUAUGACCAAGUACCCGGGGUCAGGCUGUAACAAGAUCAUCUGUUUGGGGUUUUGUUUUUUUAACUUUUUUAAUAACAAGGUCAACUCUCAAAUCUCUUGAAAUUCUAAAUAAAUUUUUUCUU